AUGUGGAAUUACUAUGAAGGGAAAUCGAUCAUGGUGACCGGUGGGUCUGGGUUUCUGGGGACAGCCAUUGUCCAUCGCCUGCUCACGACUACAUCGGUUUCGCGAAUUUAUUUGAUUUGCAGGGGUGGUGUUGGCAAGCUGCGGGCAAGAUGGAGAGAAUGGCUCCCCCAAGGUAUGGCCGAUGCAAUGUGUGAUCCGAGUCGAUUGAUCGUACUCGACGGCGACAUCCUCGUUCCAAACCUGGGACUCUCCGAGACUGAGCUCGAGGCAAUCCGUAACACCACCAAUAUCAUCAUCCACGCUGCAUCCUCAAUCAACCUAGCAGCGCCGUUGAAACGUCUACACGGUCCCGUCAUCGAAGCCACAGAAACAGUGGCAAAUAUCGCCCUUUCGUGCAAGAUGCUCGAUCGUUUCGUUUAUGUUUCCACUGCAUACUCAAACACAUAUCUGUACCCGCACAGCCAAGACGUGGAUUUGAAAAUCGAGGAAGAAUUCUACAAACUUCCAAGUGGAUGCGAUGCUCUGGAUGAAUUGGAAGAAGUCAGAGAAUACGGCACAAGCACAGCAUACGAAGCAGAGGACUUUCCCUGGUCCUACGGCUACGCCAAACAUCUCACUGAGAGACUUCUAUUGCAUCGAUUCAGAGAAUCCAACGAAAAGCUCCUUAUUGUGCGUCCUGCCAUCAUCGGCGCAGCUCAGGCUCUACCGUUCCCGGGAUACAAUAUGCCCAUGUCAUCACCAUAUACCAUGUUUACUGCAGCAUUGCUCUUGUUCCCAUAUCGCAAGUUGACAAUCGCCACACGGCUGGACCAACCGGAUAUGCAAGUUACCUCCGACGAAGUCCCCGUUGACGUUGUCGCAGACCGUCUUCUGUGUCAUCUUGCCAUGGGGACUACUGGGUGCGUCCACGCCGUGAGCGGGGCCAGGGCCCGACAAAAGAUGGAGUCAUUUGUGCAACCAGUUAUGAAACUUCGCAAAAUUCCCUGGGAUGUGAAGGCCAGAUGGAUUAAGGCAGAUUGGAAGUCACGGAAGCAAGAUGCGUUGUCCCGGCUUUACAGAAUAAUGGGGACGUCGUUCAAUUUCCUCGAAACCAAAACGACUUCUAUGUAUGAGCAAUUGUCCGAGAAAGAUCGUAUGGGACUCCAGUUAUUCAAGAACAACGAUACGGGUAACUAUUUGCCUGCUCGAGGUGAAGAUAUCCGCUACGUGAUGGAUUACUUUGCUCGCAGGAGCUGGUUGGCGUGGCUGAUUGUUAUGCUCUUCUAUUACAGCUUUGGGAAGGCCAGUCAGACCAGCCGAUAUGCUAAGCUGUGA